UACAUCUAAACUAUUAUGGGUAUUGAGUGUAAAAUAAACAACAUAAUUUUACCCAAGCCGUAUAUUGAAUAUUCGAAUAUAUCUCGUCCUGUGUUUUGUGGUGCGAACAAUAGUUCAAUUAUUUAUGCAGCGAAAGACACAGUAUGUAUCCAACCUCUAAUUAAUCAUGGAAACAAUAAAGCACAGGGUGGUAACCAAAUUCAUCUGUGCACUAAAUACGACGUGAAUGAAAAGAAUAAUAAAAGUGUUUUAACAAUAGCCUGUAUGUCACCUAAUGGUCGUAUAGUUGUUGCAGGAAGUACAGAUGGAAGACUAUAUGUUUGGAAUUAUCAUCAGGAUAACGAUCCAUUACAGAAAUGGGAAUUGAGUGACUAUCUUGGGAAUAUAAGACAUGAUGGCAAUUGUAUUAAAGAUUUUGCUUUUACGCCAGAUUCCAACUAUUUAGCAGUGGUUGGUUUAAAUGGAGGUCUUUUUGUAGAUUUAUCUAAAAAGAACAUUGUCGGAAAAUUGGCUGGAUAUUCGCAGCCUUUAUUCUCGGUUGCUAUUAAUAAAUCCAAAGUCACAUCAAUUGUCACAUGUGGAAUGAAUGAAAAAUCUUAUCUUUGGUUUCAUAAAUACGAUAAAAUGUUAGAGUGCCAAUUUUCCAAUACAACUAAUGGAGCUAUUUCGUGUGUAAGGUUUAGUGGAGAUGGUGAGCAUUUGGCUACGUGUGGUGAAAACGGUUGUAUUGAGGGAUGGUGUUUACAAAAUGGUGAAAAAGAUUCGACUUUAAGGAUUAGUGAAUAUCCUUUAAUCCAUAUGGCAUGGGCACCGGAUAGUCAACAUAUUGUUGUUUCAAGUUUGGAUUAUGUAAUACGUAUCGUUAACUUUACUAGCGGUAGUAUAACAUCAAGGGUUAUACUUGGAGAAGAGUUUCCUACCGUUGGUGUUGGAAUCUGUUGGGCGUCUUCAAAUUGGAUCGUUUCAUUAUGUUCCGAUGGAUUUUUUCGUGGUUUUAAUACAGUUCGACAAAAUGAAUUCGACUAUAAUAAUCAAUUUCUUUGGGCAGGUUUACAGGGAAAUUGCACAACCAUGCACUCACGUGUGUUUUCCGAUGUUCGGCUUUCUGUUAUUUCAGAUUCCAACGGAAGUUUUUUGUUUGUCGAUUAUCAAAAUCAUUGUCUUGAGGUUGUCGGUUUUCAACAAUUAACAAUACCAGAAGAAGUAGUGUGCGUCAAACUAUCACAGACAGCUGGUAUCUUUUGUACCAAAGUCGGUCACGUUUUUGUGUUUGAAAUUCCUCCAAAACUUACAAAAUCCGCAAAACAAACAGAACAAUUAAUUCAACAUGUCACAAGUCAUUCAAAAAAAACAUCUUCAUUUAUAAAGAAAAAUUCUAUCAAGGUGCAUCAUCAAUCUCUUACGGUCGCUUCAGUAGCUGAUCAUGGACCUGGCUAUCUUAAUUUCUCUUUACAAGGUCCCACCUUAAUCCAUCAUCAUAGUCCAACUUUUAUCAAAUCUAUGUCGCAAAUUAAACAUCGUAUUAUUGAUGUCAUUUUGUUGAAUGACGAUCAGCAAGUAGCCAUUCUCUCUGAAAAUGGAGAAAUUUCAGUGUUUUCUUUUGAAGAGCCUAUGGUAGAAUUCAAACUCUUGUUUUCUCUUCAGUUAAAUGGGGAUAUUGUAACAGCGUCUAGUACUGUAGAUGGAGGCAUGUUAGCUAUAGUAAUCAAACCACACAAAAACUAUCCCCAAAAUCGUUUAAAAAAUACAAAAAAACGUAAUUUCGACCCUCCUUGCAUUAUCGAAUUAUAUGAAAUUCAAAAUACCGCUACAUCCGAUGGAUUCAAUUUCCUUUGUGUUUAUAACCAUAUACAAACCGAGAUCGAAUGUAUAGCUCUUAAUGCGUCGGGGACUCUACUAGCUGUAGCAAAUGAUAAACAUGUUAUAAGUGUUACCGAUACCCAAUUAGGGAAGCAAAUCAUUAGCACGGAAUGGGCAGCUCAUAAGAAUAAAAUUACAUGCAUGUCGUGGCAUCCGACAUUAUACGUAUUAGCGACUGGAUCACUUGAUUGUUUUAUUGGCGUUUGGAAUGUGAAACAACCCAAAAGUCAAAAUAUUUUUUCUGUUCCGGAAUCGGGUGGAAUCAUGGGUGUCUCAGUUAUCGAUGAAACAAGUAUUUUAGUUGCCGGUAAAGCUGGUACCGUUUUUAAUCUCACAUUUUAACAAAAAAAAAAAGACGAAAAUAGAAACAAAUUUCGUUAUGAUUUGACAAGAAAAAAGAAAAACUACACAGCUG